AUGACAUCGAGUAACAACACUUCGACAGCAGCUUCGGCUUCAUACAGCCAACUUCCUCGCAAUGUGGGCAGCUUGAAGCGCAAGGUAGAGUACGCGACCUCAAGCAAUGCACCCCCUGCGAAGCGCACGUACUACGGCAAGUGUCAAUAUAAGACUGGCAAGUGUUUUAACGAACGCACCCUUAAGCGCAAUGGUGACGCUCACUCUCUGUGCGAAGAGCACCGCGUCAAGCAAAACUUGAUUCAGCGCCGCAGCGAUCGCAAGUAUCAGACGGUACAUGCCAUUCGACGUCGCGAACGCUCGCAGCGCCGUGCUGUAUUGAAAAAGCAGGUUUCGAUGGCUGUGGCCCAACAGCUUUUCUAUGAACAUCAACAACAGAAGACGCUUGGUAUUCCGCUCCCGCAUCACCAUCCUUUGCACGUUCUGGCGACGAAUGGCAACAGUGGUGCUACCUCGACCUCGGAUGUGUCUCGGAUUGUAGGUCUUGCGCCUCCAAUUCGGGUCCCGCAGCCGUCGUCGGCUUUAUUGCGGAACGAUCAGAGCGGUUCGAAUUCGCCUUUGGUGUUGUCAUUUCAGUCACAGAGUGACCGUACGGCAGUUAUCAACCGUUCUAUCAGCAAGGUAGUAACUCUGAAUGGCACGAACGAGUCAACUCCGACUGGAAUCGACAAUUUCGCACCCGAUUCAUUUUUGAACAUGUCCAAGCCAUUGCGCACUAACAGCAUGCCGGCGCUAAAGGACGAUGAGAUUGAUGAAAGCAACAUUGAUAAUUUUGGUUAUACGCCAAUUGUUUCAUUCUUGGGUGAUAAAGAGAUGUGGAGUGACGACGACAUUGAAUUCCUGCAGACCAUUUUGUUGGCCUAA